UGCGUUUUUGUCCCACGCCGCUUUAAGCUGCUUUCAAUUAGCAAUCAAUUUGCAAAUUGUUUUGCAAGAAUAAAUAAACGUAUAUAAGGUGGCUUUGGUUGGUCUAGUGGCCACGGAGGCGGCAUGCUGUUGGGCGAAUACGACACGACCCGGCGACUCCUGUUUAUCGUGGCCGUUCUGCUCAUCGUCCUGUAUGCGAAAACGUAUUUGUUACCCGGCGAAGAUCUGGACUACGACUAG